AUGGCUCCUAAAACAGGUCGUCGAGGGACCAAACGCAAGGCCGAUGCGGUUCAGGAGGAGGAGGAGAAAGUUGCGGUGGAGCUGAAGGAAUCAAAGGAGGAGGGGGUGAAGCAGGCCCUCCUGACGGUCCGUCCUGAACUCAACGUGGUCCUGAACCCGGAGAAACCUCGCAGGAAAAGCUUCGAGAUCACGCUGGUUGAGGGAGAGAGAGAGAGCAUCCUCUGGACGGGGAUCAAGAAGGGCCCUCCAGCAAGGCUGAAGUUCCCCGAGCCGGCUGUGGUGGUGGCGGCCCUGGAAGAGGCCCUAGAAGAGGCCCCGGAAGAGGCCCCAGUAGAGUCCGUGAAGACAGAGUAG